AUGCCUACAGCAGAACCACUACCGAACCACCACCAGAAUGGCAAAGAACCGGCGGCACCCUGUCGAACGUGUAUGGAUUUUAAAUCAUGGUCGAAACAGCAACGUAAAUCGCUUAGCACAAGUACCGGAGCCAGCAGCGUUGCAAUAACUUCCGCCGAUUCUGAUGUGGCGCAUCGGAAAACGGACAGUGCCGACGAUCGGAACGGUGGAUCGCCACCCAACUGCCCGCUCGACAAGGAACGCCUCGGCCGAUAUACUUGGGGAUUACUACAUACAAUUGCUGCUUACUAUCCAACGAUUCCUACCGAAAAGGAUGAACGGAAUGUGCGAACGUUUUUCACGUCCUUCUCAAAGCUCUAUCCAUGCGAAUACUGUGCGAAGGACUUCCAGCAAGAAUUAAAAGAGAUGCCACCGGAAACAAAGUCCCAACACGCGCUAUCCCAGUGGCUCUGCCGAAUACACAAUCGAGUGAACGUGAAACUGGGCAAACCCGAGUUCGACUGCACGAAGGUGAACGAACGAUGGCGAGAUGGUUGGUUGGACGGGUCCUGUGAUUGA